UACGGGUCCGGUGACCCAUCAAUGUAAGCCACUGUAGCAAAAACUGGUACAGUUUCUCAUGAUUCAUGAAUCCCAUUUUCAAUAUAGGAGAAAUGUCCUCAAUCUUGACAAGGACAGUUUGGUAAAUUUGGUACAUGUAGCUGUGUAGCAGCAGUUUCAGUUCACUGUUCACUGUCUUCACUUGUGUUCUAAGUUCCUUACCUGCAAAGUGUACAACUGUAUACAAAGAGAGAAAAGAAAGCACCCCUUUUACUGAAACAUGUAAUAAUUGGCUAGUAGCUAUAGGCUAUAGCUUCUUACUAUAACUGUAUCUUCCUCAAAGUUUGUUCCUAGGAUUCACUUUUGUAGUAAACUAAGAAGCAACUACUUUCUGCAUCGUGCUUCUUGUCUUAUUUUACUGGGAGAAACUUUACUUUGAGAAAGAAAGAUUUCUAUUUAGAUUAGUUUCUUAGUAAAAGAUAAGACAAGAAGCAAGGGCGUAGCAGCUGCGCGAAGUUGCGCCUUAGCGCAUCCGUUUUCUUGCUCGUUAGCACCCCUUACUCAUAGUAAAGCAACUUUUCGAGAGCUGGAUUCGUGAAAAUAGAGGAUCUCCACUUGACUUAUAGCAGCGUAAAAAAAUCUAGUCAAAGGAGAAACAGGGGAAAUGGCUUAUUCUGUGUCAACCUAAGCCCGAUUAUUCUGACCAAGUGACAGUAAAAAUAUUGACUAAUUCAUAGUAUUCUUGGUUUGUGGGUGUCUUUGAUUUGGUUUUAUUGUUCAGUUUUUGUAUAUGGGGUUUUGCUAAAAAGGCUGUUGGUUUAUUGACCGAAGAAUUAAAGAGUAUUGAAAGUAUGUCUUUGAAGAGCAGAGGAGUAGCAGAAAGAACUUCAAGAAGUGUAGUAUCUCAAAAAUGGAGUCUUUUACUUUGUCUUGGUAGUUUUUGUGCUGGAAUGCUCUUUACAACCAGAAUGUGGAUCAUUCCUGAAAUAAAAAGUGGUAUUGCAAGAACAACCACAGUUGAAGCUGAAAAAUUGAAGUUAGUUUCAGAAGGAUGCAUUACCAAAUUUCAGAAACAUGUAAAGCUGGUAUCUAAAGAUAUUUUUGGGAAGGUUUCUAAGACACAUCAUGCUAUUCAGACAUUAGACAAAACCAUUUCAAAUUUGGAGAUGGAUUUGGCUGCAGCAAAGGCAGCACAGGAGUCGAUUCUUAGCGGCGCUCCAAUAUCAGAAGAGAUAAAAAAGGAUGAUUCAACAAGAAAAAGAAAAUAUUUUAUGGUGGUAGGAAUAAAUACUGCAUUUAGUAGCAGAAAAAGAAGGGAUUCAGUUCGCGCUACAUGGAUGCCACAAGGCGAAAAAAGGAGGAAGCUAGAAGAAGAGAAAGGAAUAAUCAUUCGCUUCGUCAUUGGUCAUGGUGCCACAGUAGGGGGAAUAUUAGACAGAGCUAUUGAAGCUGAGGACAAGAAACAUGGUGAUUUCUUGAGGCUGGAUCAUAUUGAGGGUUAUCUUGAAUUGUCAGCCAAAACAAAGACUUAUUUUGCCACUGCUGUUAACUUGUGGGAUGCAGAGUAUUACAUAAAAGUUGAUGAUGAUGUUCAUGUCAAUAUAGCUACAUUAGGGGAAACAUUAGCAAGGCAUCGCAAGAAACCACGUAUAUAUAUCGGGUGCAUGAAAUCUGGUCCUGUCCUCUCGCGGAAGGGUGUAAGAUACCAUGAACCAGAAUAUUGGAAAUUCGGAGAUAAGUAUUUUCGUCAUGCUACUGGACAAAUAUAUGCCAUUUCAAAAGACUUGGCUACUUAUAUAUCAGUAAACCAGCAUGUACUUCAUAAGUAUACCAAUGAGGAUGUGUCAUUGGGAGCUUGGUUUAUUGGACUUGAUGUGCAGCAUAUCGAUGAUCGCAGAUUGUGUUGUGGAACUCCACCUGACUGUGAAUGGAAGGCACAAGCAGGCAACAUCUGUGUAGCAUCAUUUGACUGGACAUGCAGUGGGAUAUGCAGGUCUGUUGACAGGAUAAAAGAGGUCCAUCGCCGUUGUGGCGAGGGAGAGAAUGCACUAUGGAAAGCUGCAUUCUGAGGACAUCAGUUUCUUUCAAACACGGGAUGGCGAAAUAGGUCUAUUGACAUAUCAAUAUCCCACAUUCAUUUGCUCCGGAAUACAAAUUACACAUACGAAUAACUCAGAGGCGAAUCCAAGAUAUAAAGUUAGUGGGUUCAGAAUAAGUGUGAUCAUAUGUAUACAUUUUAUGCUUUUUUCCAUUUGCAUGUGUAUACAUAGUUCAAGUUGAAGGUAUAGUGGGUUCGGUUGAACCCAUAGAACCUGCUCUAAAUCUGCAAGAUGUGCAUAAAGAGAGAUCUGCGUCGUGCGGUGGGAGAGACAAAGAUUAAAAAUAGAUGGCCUAGCCUUAGCUGUGGGGAAAUGUUAUCCAUUUUUGUAGAGAAUAAUGGCUGCCAAAGCAGUUGCGAGCAGAAAUGCUGAUAAGUAGGCCAUAAAGUAUGUCAUGGUUUACUGGAUUGUAAAAUCUUAAUAAGUGUUCAAAUCAUAUUUUUUCUGGUCUUGUUUCUGGCAUUA